AUGCAGAUAAUUCGAUUCUUCCUACUGCUCCUGAUGUCAGUUGGUGUGCUGUCUAUGAAUGAUCCAUACCGCUUGACAGAUCUCUUUAAGCCAGAACAUUACAAUUUGCGUAUACUAACCCAUCUGAAUGGACCUAAUCAGCUGCGUUUUGAGGGACAAGUGAAGAUCCAUUUCCAUGUGCUCGAUCAGACUAGAAAUAUUACCUUGAAUGCCAAGAAUCUAACUAUAGAUCAAAACCGAGUUACUUUGUCCUCUCAAAGUGGCAACAAUUGCAUAGUUAACGCGGAAUUAAAUGAGGAUAAGGAGCUCUACAUACUCCACCUUUGCGAGGUUCUUCAGCAGACUGUUAAGUAUGAGCUGAUCAUUCCCUUCAAGGGUCCAUUGAAUAGCAAUGAUACUGGCUAUUAUUGGAGCUCUUUCCAAGAUUCACUGACUAAUCAAACAAGUUACUUGGCCGUAACACAAUUUUCACCGACCUUUGCCAGAUUGGCAUUUCCCUGCUUCGAUGAGCCCCACUUGAAAGCGACUUUUAGAGUUACCCUGGGAUAUCACCGGAACUACACAGGAUUCAGCAACACACCAAUUGCCAAAUGUGAAGAUCACGAAACACUUGCGAAUUAUAUUUGGUGCGAGCAUGAACCAAUUUUCCGCACUUCAACUUAUCUGGUAGCCUACGCAGUGCACAAUUUAACCAGAGUUGCCACCCAGUCAAUUGACACGGUUCAUAAUGUUACAUUUAGCAGCUGGGUGCAACCAAAGGUUGUAAAUGAAGCUCACUUUCUUAGCAAUUUGGCACCAAAAGUGUUAAGUCAUUUGGAAAAGCUGUUGGAGUACAGUUUUCCAUUGCGAAAAGUCGAUCAGUUGGCGGUGCCAACACAUAAAUUUUCUGCAAUGGAAAACUGGGGUCUCAUUACAUUCAAGGAGAGCAAAUUUGUGCACAACGAUCGCGAGGAGAUGCUGGAAAGUAAGGAGAGCAAAUCAUCCACAAUGGCACAUGAAUAUGCACAUCAAUGGUUUGGCAAUUUAGUGACCAUGAAAUGGUGGAAUGAUCUUUGGCUGAAAGAGGGACCCUCCACAUAUUUUGGCUAUUUAACUUUGGAUGCUCUGAUGCCCGAUUGGGGCACUGGAGAUCGUUACUUUGCCAAUGAUUUGGCCACAUUUUUUCGCCAGGAUGCUAUUAACUCAACAAUUCCCAUUUCACGUGAUGUUCAAGGCUCUGAAAGUAUUCUGAAACAGUUUUCGGAGUACGUUUAUAAGAAGGGAUCUCUUACAGUGCGCAUGCUUCAUAAGCUAUUAGGAGAUGAAAUCUUCUAUUCGGGCAUACGAAGCUAUGUGAAGAAACAUGCUUAUGAUAGUGUUGUUCAGACUGAUCUCUGGCAGGUCAUGGAGGAGGCAGUGAAUGCGCACUCUUCGCAUAAUAAAACACGCGUAUCUACUGUAAUGGACUCCUGGACACUCCAAGCGGGUUAUCCAAUUGUAAGCGUGAAUAGAAAUUACACAACAGCUAGUGUCACAGUUAAUCAGACUCGAUUUUGGCUUGUCGAUGAUGAAGAUCAUCCGGCCAGUUGUUGGUGGAUUCCGCUUACUUUUGUCACCCAGCAACAGGCAAAUUUUAAUAUGACACAACCGCAGUUUUGGCUGAAGUGCCCUAAAAUUGAUCGUACUUUAGAGCUUCUCCACAAACCGACAGCCGACGAAUGGAUUAUACUUAAUCCUCAAGUAAAUACCAUUUAUCGUGUCAACUACGAUGAUCGCAAUUGGCGUUUGAUUAUAAACACAUUAAAUUCAGCGGAAAACUUUGGAGGAGUUCAUGAGCUAAAUCGAGCACAGUUGAUGGAUGAUCUUAUGGCAUUGGCCUGGAAAGAAAUGCAGAGUUAUGAAUUGGCAUUUAGUUUAUUGGAGUAUUUGCCACUUGAACGUCAUUACAUUCCCUGGAAAAGAAUCCUUGAUGUGCUCAAUAGACACGGUGACCUGCUGAGUUAUGGGAAUGCAAAUAUUUUUAGGAUGUUUAUAAGGAAGCUUGUCGCUUCACUUUACGAACGUUGCCCCAGUUUAGAGUCCUUGCAAACGACAACCACCUCAAUUCAAGAGAUAACCCUAUGUCGCUUGGCCUAUGCCGAGGCAUGUCGUUACGGCCUGGAAAACUGCACCGACCAGGCAAUGGGAUUUACGCUGGAGACUGAUGAGGAACAAGUGCCCGUGGACUUUCGAGAUAUUGUCUUUUGCACGAACAUUGAAUUUGGCAAUGAGAUGCAGUUUGAGUUGAUGAUGCAACGUUUCCAAAACAAGACGUUUGAGUCCAGGAAAAGCGCCUGGGCAACUGGACUUGGCUGCAGUCGCAACUUCACACAACUGCAACAGUUCCUCGACUAUCUGCUGCAGUCCACAGAGGCAACCACAGGAAACUAUUAUGUUGAGGCAGUGACAUCGGCACUGCACCGCAAAUAUGUUGCACUGGAGACAAGUGAACAUAUCUUGCAACAUGCCACAAUACUCAAUGACAAACUGAAUGCUAAACAAAUUAAGAGCUUAGUAUUACUUUUGGUCGAAAAUGACACGAUCUUUAUUAAGGAGGAAAAGUUGCAGGAAUUGAAGAGCCUCAAGAAAUUCAAAGAACCUCUGGAGCUUGCAGUUGAAUUGCGGAAAGUAAAUCAAAAAUGGCUAACAGAACGUUCACAAGAAUUUAUCAGAGUCUUAACAAAAUAUAUUUAAUAUUCAUAGAUUAUGACUGAAAAUAAGAGAUUAUAUUCGUAGAAUAAAAGGCGUGUCAUCUACUUGACAAUCUCUG